AACAAUAGGCUACAGAUAGUAAACAGAGACAGUGUACAGAGAGAUGAAUAAGAGGCAGGGUGAGCUAGUACCAGCCUGUGUGUGUGUGUGUGUGACAGUGGAUGAUGCUGUAGUGUUGUGGGGAGGAGGAAUUCCUGCGCUGGAUGAAUGGGGCACUUGAAGCGUGAAUGGCCCUCCCUCGCUGCUGCAGCUAUGGCGGCGCCCGGACCGCAGCCUGAUGCGGAGCUGCGGGCUCUCAGCGCGCUCGACCCUCUUUCAGCCCGGGAAAAACGACCUGCUCCGGCCAGCGUGGAUGUGGAGGAGGUGGCGGAGCUGCUGGGGAGCUUUCUGGACUCUGAGAACGGCCCCUCUGCCGAGACCCCUGCGGUCAAACCCACGGAGGAGCUGGUCAGCGGCUUCGACGAGAAGUUAAAGGCGUGCUUUGGACAUUUUAGCUCUAAACCUGCCGUAAAAGCGGGGGUAGAGCCUAUCACUGAGGACACCUUCCUGAAAAACGACGACAUCUGGAAUGCAUUGACAGAUAAUUAUGGGAAUAUCAUGCCGGUGGACUGGAAUCAGUCUCAUGCUCGCUCACUUCACCUCUCCACCCUGAACAUUGAAGACAGGCCGAAGGUGAGUAAUGUGAAUUUGGAUGUGUCUGAUGAUGAGGAGAUGAGGGAACAGAUGGAUAUGCACUCUAUCAUUGUGUCCUGUAUCAACGAGGAGCCCCUCUUCACUGCUGAGCAGGUAAUUGAAGAAAUAGAGGAGAUGAUGCAGGACUCACCAGACAUGGAAACUGAACACACGUCUCAUUCUGAUCAGAUAGAAAGAUACAGAAACAACAGCCACACCAACGAGGACAGAGUGAGAAACCUCAGUGUUGCAGAACUGAAUGAGUUACUGGAGGAGGAAGAGACUGCUGUCCGCCGAUACUCUGAGGAACUGGUCCAGCAUCUGGCUAUGAGGGACGAGCUGGACUUUGAGAAGGAGGUGAAAAAUAGUUUCAUUUCCAUGCUGAUAGAUGUACAGAACCGACAGAAAGAACACAGAGAACAGAUGAAAAAGAAGAGGAAAUUAAAGAACGGUGGCGGAUCCCACCACGGUAGAGCAGAAAGGAUACCAACAAGUCGCUUCAGCAUGGAGAGUAUUUCCUCUGCCAUUCAGAAUGGCUUCCGACAAACUUUUGGACACAGUGUUGGGGAGAAACAGUAUCUCACUACAGUUAUUCCUUAUGAGAGGAAAGGAGGUCCUCCAUCAGUUGAAGAUCUUCAGGUUCUUACAAAAAUUCUUCAGGCUAUGAGGGAUGACAGUGACAAAGUACCCAGUCUUCUUACAGAUUACAUUCUUAAAGCUCUUGUCUGAGUGAUGGAUCGAGGUUUGUAAGAAACUGAAGAUUUCUGGUUCAGUAGGCACAGCACCCUCUACUGGCACUAGUGACACUUGUGCACUCAUGUUUGCUCUUGUGUUGUUGUAUCUACCUGGUGCUACCAUAGCAACCGAUGCAGGGCCACAGCCUCACCCUCACCUUUUGCCUCACCUGGUAACAGUCAUGCACUGCUAUUUAAGUUUUUCUGUGAGCUGUCCCUAAAUUCACCUGUAGCACUUUCCCUUUUGUGACGCCUACACCCAGUUAUUACACACACACCAUCAGUGCAGUUUCUGAUAUUAUACACUCUUAAAAAUAAAGGUGCUACACAAGGUUCUCUGAAUGAUGCAACAAAAGAACCACUCUUAAUUCAAUAAAGACUCAUUUUUAUAAUUAAAAUCUAUGAAAGGCUCACAAAUCUUCUCUUGGUGUAAAGGUUAGUUUUUUGCACAAAGUGGUUGUUCUGUGGCAUUACUUAAAGAACCCUUUGUAGCAUUAUUAUUUUUGAGUGCACUGCAUGUUUGCACUUUAAAAACUUUGUUGUUCAAAUAAAAGGAAAAGGAUUCACUGAAUAUUAUCCGAAAUGUAGUUGAUCAGCUACAUAAAGAAAGAAUGCAUUGCCAUGUGUCAUGUUACAGAAAAUAAUAUUGUGUCCCAUUGCUUUGGGAAGCUAAAAAACACUGACUGACCUGUGGGAUAUGCAUGUGGAUCUACACUGAAUGUGGGUGUGAUUUCUGUCUGUCACAUCUUUUCAUACUGACAAUUCUGGCAAGAUACCACUGGUCCCAAUCAUUACCACCUAGUGUGCUGUCUACUGUGGGUGGUAGUGCCAUUUUUGAUGUGUUCCCAGUAAACAUUACCUUUAGAGGAUGCUUUUAUCCAAAGCAACUUACCAAAUAAUGUAAGUGAAACUAUGGAUAAUUAAAAACCUUGAGUGACCUUGACAUAUACCAUCAUGGCUGAUCAACUACACAUUUUUUGGUAAACCGUUCCAUAUCAGAUUUUCACUUUCCGGUCACGCCAUUGUGUAUUCUAAGCUUCUUCAAAUUAUCUACCCAAACUUCAGGAACUAUAUAGAGAUAUUGAUUACUGAUCUACGACCCUGUUUACACUUGGUUACUUCAUCAUCUUGAGUAUCAGGGAUGUAACUGGAUAAGGCCAAGCCACAUUUAAAUAGAUACAAAUCUAAUCACCUACACCACUUCAAGAGGUGAUCCAUUUGCAUUUGAGCCACAUUUUUUAGCGGUGUAAAUUCUGUGUAUAAUUAGUGUAUAUUCCACCCCACACAACAAUCAGAUUUCAUUUAGACCAGAUACUAGUCAAAUAAAGUCACCAGGUGUAAACAGAGAUUAAUAUUUAUGUAAUUGAUUGCAAACAUUGUCUGUCUGUGCUCUCUUUUGCAGUACUCUGUCCCUCCUAAAAUGAUGGUGAGACUUUUGCACUUCUGAGUCCACUUUGACAGAGGACUUACUGAGGAUGAUCAGGUGGACUUUGGCACUGUGACUCAUCGCAGGAUUGAUUACUCAGAUUGAUAUUACAUCUUUUCUUAAUGAAGGCUGUAUAUUCCCUUAAUUGACAUGCUGGAUUAUAUUACUGCACUCUAAUAGUACUGUAAGUGAAAGGAUGUUGAAUACAGUGCAAGCAAAACAUAUCUAAAGCAUUUAAAACAUGUAAGUGCACUUAAAACACCUCUGGAACAUGUUCCAAAGUCUUGAUAUGCAGCAGCAUUUAUCUGUCUUGUUUGAUUCUGCUUUUUUUUGUGUAAACACCACACUGUCUUUCUGGCUCACAGAAAUGUGGCUUCAAGGGGUGUUGUAGUUCCAAUCCUAAGGGUUGAGUAGUUUUUUUCUGUAUCUUGAGAACAAACUCUUGUUGUGUUAAUGAGUGUUGCUGGUCUCAAAUAACAUGCUGUAUAUCUUUGGAGAGAAAUAAUGAUUAAUUCAUUAACUGAUUUCGUUUGAUAUAUUGAUUUAAACAACUGUCAACAGUGAUGUCACUGUGAAAACACUUGGUAUUUAUUUAUCAUUAUUUAGAGAAUGUCAGAAUUCAAAAUGAUGUCAUAUGAAGAAUUAUUCUGUAAUUAUAAUAAUGGUAUUGCUACAUUACAGAUAUUACUAUUUUACUGUUUGUAAAUUCAAUUUCUGCUUGUAUUUCUGUUUAAUAAAUUAACAUUAAUGUA